CAAGGCUGGGAACCUCCCGGUGCCCGACCCCACGCUCCCGGGCGCUGCUCCCAGCCCUGGCCGGAGGGGGGAGGGGGCCAGGACUCCUGGGUUCCCUGCCCAGCUCUGUGGCUGGCUCGCCAAGUGACCUUAGCCCUGGAGUCAGUGGCAGAGGUCUGUAAACGCAGCAGAGAUGCCGAUGGAAGGGGAGCCCAGCAGUCUGGCCAAAGUCGCUCAGCUCUUCAUCCUGUCUCUGGCCUGGGGGAUGCAGAUGUGGGUCACCUUCAUCUCAGGAUUUGUGCUGAUCCGGAGCGUGAGCCGACACACCUUCGGCCUGGUCCAGAGCAAACUCUUCCCCUUCUACUUCUACACCUUGGUGGCCUGCGCCGUCCUCAACCUCUCCAUCUUUGCCUGCUACCACCCCCGAGAGCUGCUGACCACCGGGGAGACCCUGCAGGGCGCUCUCUACUUCGUCUGCCUCCUCCUGGCCAGCGUUAACGCCCUGGGCUUGUCCCCGGCCACCACGGCGGCCAUGUUCCGGUUGCAGGCCAUCGAGCGGGAGCACGGCCUGGGCGGGGAGGUGGGGCUGGCGGCCCGGCGCGAGACGUACCAGCAGCUGCGGGAGAGGGACCCCAAGUACCAGGCCGCGCGGCAGACGUUCUUCAGACGCCACGGGCUGUCGUCCCUCUGCAACCUCGUCUGCCUCGCCUGCAACGGAGUCAACCUGCUGUGCAUGGCGCUGCACCUCAGCAGCCUGUAGGAGGGGGCCCUGCCCGCGGGGAGGGGGCGGCGGCAUUGUCCUUGGGGGGGGGGGGCCCACCCACUAGGUGGGACUUGAUUGAGCGAGGGGCUUGGAAGUCCAUGUCCCCACCGGGUUCUGAUUGGUGUCUCUUUCUAAGCCUGUAUCCCAUGCCUGGCACCAGCUGGAAGUUUGUGUUGGGCUGGGGGUGGGUGGGUGGGACGGGAUGCAACCGACUUGGUGACUCAGGGCUUUUCCCUGGGUUCUAUCCCCUGCUCUGGGAGGGGUGCGGGGUCUAGUGGUUAGAGCGGGUGGGGGAGGGAGGGCGUGCUAGGGAGCAGGACUCUUGGGAGGGGAGUGGGGUCUAGUGGGUUAGAGCAGUGGGGGGGCCGGGAGCCAGGACUCCUGGGUUCUAUCCCCAGCUGGGGGAGGGGAUUGGGGUCUAGUGGUUAGAGCAGGUGGGGAGGGGGUGCGUGCUAGGGAGCAGGACUCUUGGGAGGGGAGUGGGGUUUAGUGGGUUAGAGCAGUGGGGGGGCCGGGAGCCAGGACUCCUGGGUUCUAUCCCCAGCUGGGGGAGGGGAGUGGGGUCUAGUGGUUAGAGCAGUGCUGCCUCUGCUCACAUGUGCCAUUGAACCAGCAGGGGACUGAAAUUUGCCCGGUGCUGAGGUCCCCAGGCCUCACUCACACCAGGCUCUUUCAAAGGGCUCUGUGGGAGACGGAUGCCCACUCUCUCUUAGAGCUCGUUGUUAUUAGCUCUAUGGCGGGGGCAGCAGCAGCCGCGGUGGGACCCCGCGGCACGGCAACUAGACCAGACCUUAGUUGAAACAGGCAAAAUAUAGGAGGGGAAACUGAGGCACAGAGCGGGCAUGUGACAUGCCCAAGGUCACCAAGCUGGCAGUGGCAGAGGCUGAGAAUAGAACCAAGGUCUUCUGAGUCAUGCUCGACUAGGCGACGCUGCCCCUUAUCAGAACCUCUGUGGGAUUUACUCGCAGUGCUUGGGCUGGCUCUACGGGGCACUCCGCUCCGGCGUCCUCUUGUCUAUUUCGUGCUUCCUGUUCUGUUCUCGCUGCCCCUCCGUUUCCUUGCUGAGCCUUGGCAGAAAGAGAUUGAGAAGCACGUUCCAGUUUGUACUGAUCAGGGGGGAAAAACUCCCAAUGAAAGUCACCUUCCAGUGGGGUUCUUUGGAGGGAAAUAAAUCGCUCAUUUGUGUCUGUACAGCACCGUGCACAAAACGGUAUUAGUCUAUGACUGCGGCUCCCGGAUGCUAUUGCAAUAGAAAUAAAGAAUCGUAUUCUCUGA